AUGCAUUCAAAGUUUUAGAAGACAUGAAUGAGCAUGGGUACCUUCCUGACCUGUACACAUAUAAUUCAUUAAUGUAUGCAUGUGCACAUAAGGGUGAUAUACAUACUGCUAGAAAAUUGUUGAUAUCAAUGAUGCAAAGUGCCCGACGGAACCCAUCAUUGACACCUAAUUUAGCUACAUUUUCAAAUUUAUUUUUGGUAUAUUCUGCUCAUAAAAUUUCUAAUCAACCUAUAAAACAGCCAAAACAGGAAAAUAAAGAGCCUCCACAUAAUACAUUAUCUGUUCCCACUGUGGAGGAAGACAACGUUGAGAACAAUCAAAUUGAAAGUAGCCAACAUGAUGAUAAUGACGAAAAUCAUAAUAUAUUUGUUGCAGAAGAAAUAAUUAAUAACACCGGAAGUUUAGUAGAAACCAGCACUGAGAAUAUGCUAUCAAAAUAUAAGGAUCAUUUACUAGUUAUUGGAUCUGAUAUCUAUCCACUAUUACCAAAUCCUCCAGCAACACAAAAACAAAUUCUUGUGGAAUCAACUAUUUUAUUUAAAUACGUCCUUUCCAUUGUUGAAUCUUCCGAUUCUACAUCUUUACCAACCACAAAAUUUUCACGUAUAACGCCAGUAUUAUUUAAUUCAUAUUUAUCCGUAUUUGAGAAGAAUGCAUAUUUUCACAGAACUUUGGACCUUUAUCGGAAUGCUAUACCAAAAUACAACAUAGAGUUAAAUAGCUGGAUAUUUACAACAAUGCUGAGAUUAUGUUAUAAGCACAAGAAAACAGAAGAGGCUUGGAACAUUUGGCAAGAUUGGAAAACUUGGUGGAAAGAUAGAGUGGACGAGAUGAAUGGAUUGAAUGAACUUGAUCAAUUGAAAGAAAUUAGAAGGCUUGGUAUGACUAAAGAGUUGGAAUAUAAUAUUUAUAAAGAGAUGAUUCAUAUUUUGGCAAGAUGUGAUGACAUUUGGGGAGCCAUAAAACUCUUACAAAAGCUUUCUACCACGCAAGUUCCAAAAAUUGAGGAUUUUCAAUUACUUCGACAAAAGACGAUUGAAAGUGAGGAUGAAUUUGCAGAAAGUAAAAUAAUGGAAUUGUGUUAUUUUGAUGAAGGAACUCCAAAGACUCGAGUUAAAGAAUUAUUGGCCAGAAAAUGGAAGGGUGUCAAUGUUUUACCCGGACAGGUUGGAAGACGAGUGUUAGAAAAAAAAUUGGGAAUUUAUGAUGGAAGAAAUAAAUGGGGAAAGAAAAAAAGCGUGAAGGGUGGUAAGGUAAAAAAGGUUGUGUCUAAAAAAAUGUAG